AUGGCAUCUCUAAAGGUUUUGGCUAUUUGUGCGAUUCUGGUAAUCUGUUGCGCUAUGCUUGGUGCGGCCCAACAAGAAGAUGCAGUCGGAGUUCGUGAGAAACGACAAUGGGGAUGGGGAGGUCGUGGUGGAUGGGGAGGUGGCUGGGGACGUCCAUAUGGAGGAUACGGUGGAUGGGGUGGACGUGGAUAUGGUGGAGGAUGGGGACGUCCAUAUGGAGGAUACGGUGGAUGGGGACGUUAA